AGAGAAAGGGAAAGGAAGAAGAAAGAGAAAGAAAGAGAGAGAGAGAGAAGAUUAGCCUGUAGCAAGGAUACUUCUGGCUGGCUGGUGAGAGAGAGAGAGGGAGAGAGAAAGAAGAAAGAGAGAAGAGAGGAAGAGAGAGAGAGAGAAGAGAGGAGAAAAAGAGAAGAGGAGACAAUACGUUUGCCGUAUCCCACCGCUGCCACCAGACCACUGACGACUCAACGUGUACCAGGCGUUAAAUGUGGUUAA